AACCUGGAGCGAGGGGGCUGGGCGCGGAGCUAGAGGCCGGUCGGGACUGCGAAUAUUAGAAGCAUCUGAGGCUGUGUGUGUGAAUGGAUGGGAGGGACCUGGAAGAGAAGCGACUGAAACCCGGGGGCGAGACGGAGAGGGGAGGGGUCGAAGUAAAAAAAUUAAGCAUUUAAAGCUUUUGAAACCCGGAUGGGACCACUGAUGUGGGCAGAGAUUGAACAGAGUCGGGCUGGGGAGCCGAAGCCGAGUGUUGUGUUGAGAAUACGGAUUCUAGAGAUUGUGUAACACUGUUUACUUCUGUGACUCAGUUUCCUCUUCGGUAAAUUGGAGAUGGUGAUGUAAAACAGUGUGUAGCUCAUGGUAAAUGCUAGUUUGGUACUAUUAUCUUUUUUCCCUGACCAAAACCACAAACCUCACUUUGAAGGUGCGGAAGAGAGGAGAACGAAGAGUUCAUUCCCUUCUAGUGACUCGACUUGAGUGCAAGUCAAGGGCAUAGGAAGGAGAUUUAGGUGGUUUAAAAUUUCACAGUGCAGAGGAUUAGUGGAGGUGACGGGGGCGGGGUGGCGGGGCUGUUAGCAGGUGCAGAGGGUGGAGCUUUCCUGAUCCCCAGGCUGAAGGAUGGCGGCCCUUGCCCGCCUGCUGGAAUGUCUCCUCUGGCCAGCUCGCAAGCAAGAGUGGGUGGAGGAGGCAGAGGAGAGGCGCAGCUCUCCCGACGGGCCUCAGUCCCUCCUGGACGCGCCGCGAUGCGCCCAGCGGCCGCACGGGGGUGCGGCGGCGUCUUGGGGCUUGCGCUUCGGGGCGAGCGCAGUGCAAGGGUGGCGCGCACACAUGGAGGACGCGCAUUGCGCUUGGCUUGAGCUACCUGGGCUGGGCCCGGGCUGGGCUUUCUUCGCGGUCCUCGACGGCCACGGUGGGACGAGAGCCGCCCUCUUCGGUGCGCGCCACCUGCCGGGCUACGUGCUCGAGGCGCUGGGCCCAGCGCCCGGCGAGCCCCAGGGCGUGUGCGAAGCACUGCGCCGAGCCUUUCUGAGCGCAGACGCACGCCUGCGCGCUCUCUGGCCCCGCGGCGAGCCGGGAGGCUCCACCGCCUUGGCGUUGCUGGUUUCUCCGCACUUUCUGUACCUGGCGCACUGCGGUGACUCCCGCGCGGUGCUGAGUCGCGCCGGCGCCGUAGCCUUCACCACCGAAGACCAUCGGCCCCUCCGUCCCCGAGAACGCGAGCGCAUCCAUGACGCGGGCGGCACCAUCAGCCGCCGACGCCUCGAGGGCUCUCUGGCAGUGUCCCGAGCACUGGGAGACUUUGCCUACAAAGAGGCUCCGGGAAGGCCCCCUGAACUGCAGCUCGUUUCCGCGGAGCCUGAAGUGACCGCCCUGGCACGCCGAGCAGAGGACGAAUUCAUGCUCCUGGCCUCUGAUGGCGUGUGGGACGCGAUGUCUGGCUGUGCCCUGGUGGGACUGGUGGCAUCUCGCCUCUGCUUGGGCUUGGCCCCAGAGCUUCUCUGCGCGCAGCUGUUGGACACGUGUCUUUGCAAGGGCAGCCUGGACAACAUGACCUGCAUCCUGGUCUGCUUCCCGGGGGCCCCCAGGCCUUGUGAGGAGGCCAUCAGGAAGGAGCUAGUGCUGGACGCAGCCCUGGGACGCAGGGUCGCAGAGCUGUGUGCCUUUGGCCAGGAGCCCCCCAGCUUGAACACAGUUUUCAGGACUCUGGCCUCUGAGGACAUUCCGGAUUUACCUCCUGGGGGAGGGCUCCACUGCAAGGCCACAGUCAUCGCUGACGCUUACUCUCAGUUCUGCCAGGCCUCAGGAGAGCGCUGGAUGAUGGGGCAGAAUGGGGCUGAGAAGCCCACUGGCACUCAUUCAAGCUCUGCCUUGGACUUGGAGGCCUGACAGCUGUCAUUCUUUAGGGACCCUCUGCCCAGCUGGGGCCUCAAUGGAAUUAAGGAAGAAAACUCCCCUUCCCCAGCUAUGCAGACUAGCGGAAGGAAGAGAAACCAAUGGAGGAACCCCAGAAUGUUUAUUUCCCUUUCUCCUACUUCCCUCUCAUAAGACAGAAAGUCUUAUGAGAGAGGGGAAAUUCCACCCACCAGCUAGACCCAAAAAAAAAACAAAACCAAAAAUAACCCAAACCUCAAAACCCCAAAACCAAAUGUCUUUGAAAUAUUUAGAGCUGAAUGGACCCUGAAAAUCACCCAGUUCAAUAACCUUCUCUUCCCUUCCUAUUUUUCAUAUGUUUGGCGGGGAGGUAGGGGAAAGUUUUUAUAAUUAAAUUUUAAUUACAUAAUUCAAAAUACAUUUUUCUUGUGGAA